UGCGUAGAGUCCCCUCCACCAAUCGGCGUGCGCGCUGGCAUGGCCGCCCUCUCUCACGCGGGGGGGCGGGAGCGCGGCCGUUUGAGCGCGCCUGCGCGCUCGCUGCCUUUUCACGUGUCCCUGGGUCGGACUACAGGUCUCUCCUUGCAGCGGCGGCGCGAGAGUAGAGUCCGGGCAGCGGCGGCCAGAGUCAUGGCUGGACAAGCAUUUAGAAAGUUUAUUCCGCUGUUUGACAGAGUAUUGGUUGAAAGGAGUGCAGCUGAAACUGUCACCAAAGGUGGCAUUAUGCUUCCAGAAAAAUCUCAAGGAAAAGUAUUACAAGCAACAGUAGUAGCUGUGGGAUCAGGCUCUAAAGGAAAGGAUUUCUAUAAUUGGCCUGAUGAAUCGUUUGAUGAAAUGGAUAGUACACUUGCUGUUCAGCAGUAUAUUCAACAGAACAUAAGGGCAGAUUGCUCCAAUAUUGACAAAAUUCUUGAACCACCUGAAGGCCAAGAUGAAGGAGUAUGGAAGUAUGAACAUUUAAGGCAAUUCUGUCUUGAAUUAAAUGGACUUGCUGUCAAGCUUCAGAGUGAAUGCCAUCCAGAUACAUGUACUCAGAUGACAGCGACUGAACAAUGGAUUUUUCUUUGUGCAGCUCAUAAAACUCCGAAAGAGUGUCCUGCUAUAGAUUAUACAAGACACACACUUGAUGGUGCUGCGUGUCUUCUGAAUAGCAAUAAAUAUUUUCCAAGCAGGGUUAGCAUAAAAGAAUCAUCUGUAGCAAAACUAGGAUCCGUAUGCCGUAGAAUUUAUAGAAUAUUUUCACAUGCUUAUUUUCAUCACCGACAAAUAUUUGAUGAAUAUGAAAAUGAAACAUUUUUAUGUCAUCGGUUUACUAAAUUUGUGAUGAAAUAUAAUUUGAUGUCGAAGGAUAACCUGAUUGUACCAAUUUUAGAAGAAGAAGUUCAGAAUUCAGUUUCUGGGGAAAGUGAAGCAUGAAGGGAAUCAGAAAAUGUACUGAUCGCAUAAUUAACAUGAUUACGUACUGUAUAUAUCAUUUUAGACACAUCAAUCAUGUAUCCAUAUUACAGCUUAUUUGUUUAGUAAAGGUUUUUGUAUGCUAUAUGUUGCCUUUUAAAAUGGGAAAUACUUUUUAAGUUAUUCAUGAGCUGUAUAUUCACUGGUGUGGCACUCAUGGUUUUUAAAUGAGAUUAGUAUUAUAUGUUUAUAAUGCCUGUUUAAUAAAAGAAUUUACAGUUUGGUAAAAUUGCUGCUAAACAAUCAUUGGAUCACAAUCCUUUCAGAUCUAUGAGAGUGAGCUCAAGAUUUCACACAAGCCAUUUUACUAAAGAGAUAGUAAUAUUUUCUUUGGUUUUAGCCCUGAGUUUGAUAUUCUAGAAAAUUCAGUAGUGCAUCAUUUCACCUCCACUGUUAACUUUUCCAAAAUGAGCUAAAAGUAUUUUAAAAUUCUGUUUAUAAUUUUUGAUAUACAUAACCAAUAUGUGUAUAUCCACAUACAAAUGGAAUGAGGCAUUAGUAAUACUUAAAUAAUCUUACUGUGCUUCAUAAAGUAUAUCCUAGGUCAGCAAAGAAUUUGCCUUUUUUUGUAACAGUGGAUUAUUAGAUACAUGAUGCUAAUGAUAAGGCACGUACAUGAGGCUCCCAUGGACAUCUGCCCCUUCUCAUUACCCUUAAUCCUAUCCCUAAAGCACAUUAGCUGAGAAGUUUAGUUACCAAACCAUGACUUAGUGGUGGCUUAUCCCUAUUUAUAUUUGCAUUAAUUGCUUACAGAUUAUACCUCAUACUAGCAAUUACACUACAGGAAAAUUGUAUUCGUAUAGGUUCUAGCCCAUCUUUGUUUUGGGAAAUUGUUAUAACUACUUAGAAAAUAGUCCUUAAUAUAGUUUGACUCUUCUGUUAGUAAUAAUCUUUUCAUCUAACUGUAGGCAGCAUUAAAUAGAUAUGAAAGAAUAGUAUAUUUAUCUCCCUCCCCAAAAGUUUGUUUGAAUUAUAUACACAUAUAUUAUUUACAGUAAUUUACAUUUCUAGUGGUGUUGAGGAAUAGUCAUACAUUUUUUUAUUUCUUAAUUCCAUGUCUUAAGAAUUUAAGUACAAAUUUAUAAUGUAUUUGGUGAAGUUUUUUAUAAAAUGCUAGAGGUCUUGAUGCCAAACUUGUAAUGAAGAACUAAGAUAAGGUGGAAAAUUUGUACAUGUAGUUCAGACCAUUUUAAAACCAUCUCUUUACCAUAUUUAACAAACACAAGGGACUUCUUUUUAAUUUAAGAGUUAUUUUCAGAUGAAAUUGAAAAUGCAUUCAUCUUGUCUUUCCAAUUAUUUGAAGAAAUCAUUUGUAUUAUGAGACAAGUAUGUACAGAAAAUGUGAGAAGCUGUAGCGUAAUGGGAGUGUGUGUGUAUAGUUGAUGCCUUUUCAAGCCUACCCAUCUUCUUGGUUUUGAACAAUGCUGUGCCAGCAGCCAGUCAUUGCUGUACCGCAGCACACAGCUGUCUUUAAGAAGUUUAUGUGUACAGUGAAUAGAAUGUUGACUGAAGUUAAAAAUUUAUAUUAAUGUUACCAUAAGCCAAGGGGGUUAGUAAUUUUUAAACAAACUUGCUAAGUAUUGAGAGACUAACCUACUAAGUUCAUAAAUCAUACAUAGCAAUGUAGCUGUUCUCUCUAGGUGGUAUCUCACAAUGGAUUUCUGUCACUUAACUGUUAGUGAAUAUUUGAAUUAAGGUAGUGACUGGAUUGGCAUUCUGGCUAAGUAUUUUGAAACACAUUGUGAAUAUAUGGCUUAGUGUUAACAGGAAAAUAAAGUAUGAUUUUCUUUUUCUUACUCA